UAAAAAGCUGACGCCGCGACUCAUCAACGUCAAAUUUUUGCAAACCCUUGCCAACUACUAAUCUUCGCUUUCUUGGCAAGUAAUCAUGGCCACUUGAGCAUAAAACAUAUCCCAUGCCUGUCAGCACGCACACACAGUACCGCAUUGACAUACACAAGGCGUUCACAAAGGGUAUAGUAACACUACUGUAUCAUUCGAGAACAAUACCGUUUUCACACACACAACCCCUCCCCCCUCUAACCUGGAUCUAUACCAUAGUAUUUCAUAUACUUCACACAGGUUGACUAAAGUAAAUUUAAUUCUUCUCCUAAGGAAACUAAGUUGAACAACGCUGAUCAUGAAAUGAAAUCGGUCAAGGGCCCGAAAACAAACUUCUUUUCAGGAGACUGGUAUUACCAUGCUCCCAGUAAGAAAGUGGCACAAUCUGCAAAACCUGCUCCUGCUGCAUCACAGAUCCCUGGGAUAGGUGGACUCCCAGAUGAGUUGGCAAACCCUGAGGGUGAUGACAGACAUUUCAGAAGGAAAUGGAUAAGGGACACAGACUCAAAGUAUAUAAAGCUUGCUAAAGGAGGAGGGCGGAAGAAUCUGUUGACAUUCCGCAGUCCACCAGUGAGGGCUGACGAACCAGUUCCUUACCCACGAGUGGAAUGGUUUGACCAUGAACAUCCAGAAGAGGAAGUGGAUGAAUCUAGUCCUGAUUUUGAAGCUCAACACGAGGUGGAGCACAAAGAGCAAAAGGAAGGGUAUAAAGUCCUACCAGAAUGGUAUGUACACAUCCAUGAUGUGCCAGCAGAUGAUGAGAUUGUGACAGGGUCGUUUCGAUCCAAACGACCCAUAAUGGGAUUUGAUAAUCUGUCAAAAUGGCAACGGGAUUCUAAAGACACAAAACAAAAUCCCAACAAUGUUAGACUUCCUCCUUUGAAGAAAACUCACAAGGUGGAUAAAAGGUAUGAAGAACUGAAGGCAGCACAAAGAGUUGCACCUCAGGGUCAAGGAAGACAUGCAAGGCUACCAAAAAUUGAAAAUGAUCAGGUAGAUUUUAAGCAUUUGAUGUCUAUGGGUUAUCAAAGAGACUGGUUGCAAGAACAGAAAGAAAAGACAAAGGACGAAAAAGCAGAAAAAAGGAAACAGCAAGCAGAACUUGAAGACAAGCGAGAGACACAGCACAAUAAAGUAAUAAGGAAACCACAUAAUGUAUCUGAUAGUGACAAACCUAUGUUCAAACUCAGCAGGUUUGAAAGGGUUCAACCUAGAGUGGAGAGUUUUAGGACUUGAACAAUUCCAGAGACUUGUGUUCAAUUCCUCAGAUGGAGAAAAGUUUCCUGGCUUUUAAAAAUACUUCAGUCUUGGAGGAAACUUGAGAUACAUGUACAUGUAACGUUGAGAAAUAAUCCUGAUUACUUUUAAGCAUGAAGGGAGGUGUUAUGCUCACCAAUUAAGAAGGGGAGCUUGUGGCUAAUGCAGACCAUCAACAACAUCUUUAUAAAUACUGGUAGUCUUAUUUAAGACAACUUCAAGAGUGUCAAACAUUUGACUCUAAGUACAAAGCUCUGCGUAAAAAGUUGAACAAAGAUAUUAAUGUUAUUUAAGGUGCUUUUCGCAGCACUAACUAGGUGUUUUGCAUAUUAAAGUGUUUCUGAGGAAAAUUCAUUCAGAACCAAGAUUUUAAUCUGUACAUUGCAUUCCAUUUCCAUUUAAAAAUGCCCACUUAUUAAUAGAUUUUAGAAAAGGUGUCACCACUGUUGUCCAGAGAUUUUACUUAGCCAGUCAUGAAAAAAAAAGCUCUAGAUAGUAUUUUACUACUUAGUCUUUAAGUUAUCAGAUUAACUGGUGCUGAUGAAACAAGUGGCCAGCAAAAACAUUAACCCCCAGUGCAUCUCAAAAACACUGCAUUACAGUACUGUGUAUUUAAAAUCUAAUUUACAUUUUAAAAAAAAACUCAAGGCUGUGGUCUAGCAGCACCUGGUGCCUUACUUUUGCUCUUGGGCAA